AUGGAACUUAUUCAGUUUCUUUCCUUUCUUGCAGUCGUUCUGCCCGUUGCCUAUGGCGCGCCUACCCAGGCGGCCAAUAGCCUCCACCCCCAAAUCCUGGAAGCCAUGAAGCGUGAUUUGGGUCUGAACGCUGAGCAAUCUACUGCUCGUGUGGCUCAAGACUUUCAUUUCAGCAAUCUCAUUGACCAGGCGCGCAAGUCUGUGGGUGACUCCUUUGCUGGUGGUUGGAUUGAUACUAAUGUGGUCUACAUUGGUAUUACUGAUCCUACUUUAGCUGGCAGUGUGAAGGCUACUGGUGCUUCACCUAUCAUUAUGAGCAACAGCUUCUCGAAGCUACAAAAUGCCAAGUCCGCUCUCGAUAAGAUGUUUAUCGGACGAACUAGGGCUGCUACAUCCGCAACCCCAGGCAUCAACUCCGGUAUUGCAGCAUACUACAUCGAUGUCACUGCCAACAAACUUGUCAUUGAAGCUCUGUCUGAGAGCCACGGACGUGCCCAAGAGCUAGCCUCACAAGCUGGGCUUACAGAGUCUGACUUUGUAUUGAAGACUGUCAAGGCUAUGCCAACGACCAAGGUCACCGUUCAAGGUGGUGAUGCUUACUACAUCAACGGCGCUGCCCGGUGCUCUAUUGGUUUUUCAGUGACUUCUGGUUAUGUUUCUGCUGGCCAUUGUGGUAAUUCCGGCGAUUCUGCCACCACAAGCGGAGGCGAGUCCCUUGGAACCUUUUCAGGAUCUAUCUUCCCUGGUAACGACAUGAGCUAUGUAGCCACUGUGAGUGGUGCAGUCCUGAGUGGUACUGUCGACGGCUACGGCCAGGGUGACAUAUCCGUUUCGGGUAGUGCUGAAGCAGAAGUUGGUGCGAGCAUCUGUCGCUCUGGUUCGACUACUGGUGUCCACUGCGGUACAGUUAAUGCUAAGGAUGCUACUGUCAACUAUGCCGAGGGAUCCGUCUCGGGCCUUACCCAAACAAACGUUUGCGCUGAACCAGGUGACUCUGGUGGUUCUUUCUACUCCGGAUCCCAGGCUCAAGGAGUCACCUCGGGCGGUGAUGGCGACUGCACGAACGGAGGAACAACCUAUUUCCAGCCGGUCAAUCCGAUCCUCCAAAACUACGGUCUCACAUUAGUUACAUCGUAAGUGUAUAGGGUGGAAUCAACUGGUUGCGCUGCCGAACACAAACAAUACCGUCUCUAAAACCGGGUAGAGCUGUGUCGAGGAGAGACUGUGCGAGCUCUUUGAGUUGGAGACCGUCAGCAAACAAGAAUCCGCAUCAAAUUGGAUAAAGCCUCGAACAUCUGAUUGCUUCUAUGCUGUUUUUGCUAUUCACAACAUUCGUUGCUAGGGAG